GCCAAGCCCAAAACACUCACACUCGUCUUCAAACAAAUCGGCACCCUCACAACAAGUCACAAAUUCGUCUUCGAAAUAUCUCUCUAACAGCGAUAAUGGCGGAAUCACCGGCGCAGAGUGGUGCGGAGCUGGUUCCUCAGCAAGCUGAAUCGGAUCUGGCAUCUCUCGUAUUCGAAAUGUCACAGCAAGUUCAGAUGGGGAUGGAGAAUAUGCUCAAGUUGGUUAACGAGAUCGAUCAAAACUCUGUUGGAAUAAAGGAAGAGAUUGAGAAAUCAAAGGAUUAUGCAAUGGAGAAGAAAAGGGUUCUCGAGGAAGAGAAAGAACAGUUCCAGAAAGCUGCUUACACUAUCCUUGACAUGUUAAGCAACCGAAGCUAGAGCUAGAUGCGGUAGGGGAUGCAUGCUCUAUAGAAAGAAAGAAAAACUUCAUCAGGUAAAGAAAUAAUAUAAAAUGUCCAAAAAAGAUUCACUGGCUUGGUUUUGUAUUUAGCUUUGACGUUGCUAUUACCAUAAACUUUUAACACGGAUUGGUGAACUCAGAAAAUACAAGUGGAUGACUCUACAGUCACACACCUCAUGGUUAAGUAUAUUCGGAUUGAACUUGAAGUGAAAGAUUAAUAAACAACAAUGAACAAAUGUCCA